AUGGAUCUUGCUAAUCUGAAGAAGUAUAGUUCGGACGAAAUGAAUAUGAGCGCUAGUAAGUUAGAUGAAGCUCGCAAGUAUCGCAUGUUGAGGUUGCAAUCAAUGAUCUUAUGGGAAGGAACUCAUACAACUACGGUGGCAAUCGGAAUGUUGGCCCACCUUACAGAACAGAAUGGACAUUGUAAAUAUUUCAAGGACGUUGAUGUGAUUUGGCAGAAAAUCGAGAGACACCUUGCCGAGGAGGAGGCUUCUCGUACCAUAAUGCAUAACACCACAAAAGCUUUUAAAACUUCCAUCGCAAAUGUCAAUACCUCCAUUAAUAAUGUUGAUAAUACAAUGCUCCAAUAUAAUAAAGAGCUUGAAGGUAAGAAGAGUGAUGGUUUAGGGAAAAGACGAAAUUUGAAAGAUCAUUCACCAGAAGACGGGACUCCAUCAGAUGAUUAUAGAAUAAGAGAGGCUAAUGUGUCUCAAUUAUUUCGGAACUUCCAGAAUAAGUCAAUAUGGAUUGCAAAAAAUGGAGGUUUAUUUGUAGAGUCAAAUGUUCACGAAAUACUGUCGCUGUCAUCAAUUUUUUUGCUUACACCAAAUUCUCAUUCAAAAACAAUCAUUGAUAUAUUUGGUUUCCGCUUGCUUGAUGAAAUACAUCAAAACGUAAUGCCAGUUCAGAACAUAACACUAAAUUGGCCUAACAAGGCUCUGAAUGAAAGCAAAUCAAGGAAGUACAAAGGCCAGACCAAGCAACCAGAUUUCGUGGUUUCAAUUAUACAUCAGCUUCAAACAGAUUCAGUUAUAUUUGUUGGUGAAGUUAGUCCACCAUCACAAAGAAAUAAUGUGUACAAGAACUGCAAAGAUCUCAUUCGGCUUGGAGUUUUCAUGAAAGACUGUGUAGAUUUGGCAAUUGACAAAAGUACCGAUAUUAACGUGUUUGGUUUUCAUUGUGUUGAUUAUAUAAUCGACUUUUAUAUAACAGAACUUAUCCAAGGAACAUAUUUUAUGGUUCAUAUUGGGCAAGUUUCAGUUCCAGCAUCGAUAAAAGAGAUGCCAUCUUUUGUUGAUGAAUUAGAAUUUCCGAGUUUACCAUCAAAUAAUGCAAUAUUCAAACGUGAUACUCUUGGUACACCUAAGUUUAAUCAGCUU